AUAAGGUUUCUAAUAGGCUUCUUGGCCUAUUCGACUGCUUUCAGCCAAGCCAACAUGUCUCGCGUCUUCGCGACCCAUCGACACCCUUCUUCUACCUGUGGCUCGUAAGCCAACGUUUACCACCACGAGGAAAAAUGCUUUCUGAACAAUUGGAGUGGCUGUACGCUAAAUACAAUGACACGGAUCCCAGAACUAGCAGGUUGUUUUUAAUGUCCGAAUCAUGGCCCGUGAUUACAAUAGUUGCGACGUACGUUUACUUCUGCGGUUCAGCAGGCCAAGAAUAUAUGAAAAAUAAGCAGCCCUACACCUUGCGCAAGACUCUGAUAGUAUACAACUGUAUUCAAGUUCUACUCAGCAUUUACGUAUUCAAAGAGGCUUUGAUGAUGGGCUGGUGGUACGAUUUUAGCUACUCGUGUCAACCGGUGGAUUAUUCAGAGAGACCUUCAGCAAUGCUAGUAGCCAGAGUUUCCCAUUUUUACUUCCUGUGCAAGCUUACCGAGCUCCUGGACACGGUGUUUUUUGUACUACGGAAAAAGGAGCGUCAAAUCACGUUUCUUCACCUUUAUCAUCAUGCGUCAAUGCCAUUAUACAUUUGGAUCGGAGUUCGCUAUUACGCCGGUGUAGGUCAUCUGACGUUUAUGGGGCUGUUGAACAGCUUUGUUCACAUAUUUAUGUACAGCUAUUACAUGCUAGCGGCAUUUGGGCCGGAAAUGCAAAAAUCCCUAAUGGCCUGGAAAAAGUAUAUAACAAUAAUGCAAAUAGUACAAUUUCUCGUUGUCGGUUUACACACUGUGCAAGUGUUUGUCAUUGAUUGCGAUGUGCCAAAAUUUCCCGCUGCUUUGAUGGUGUUGAAUAGUAUUUUAUUCUGCUACCUAUUCACAUCGUUUUACAUUGCAAACUAUGUUAAAAGUAGUACCAAUGAAGUCGAGAGCAGAAGUCUAUCGAGACAUACCCUCACUAGUCGAAAAUCCGACUAAAAAUUGCACUUUAAAGUCCAUUUUUCACAAUGCAAGCUAUAAAUAUGACAGUUCCGUUUCUGUAGUCAAGGCGCGAAAUUCAUGAU